CGGGUGGAUGGGAACAAACUUCGGAAGGAGGAGAGACGCGCGGCCCAGGGCACCCUCGCAGGCAGACCCAGGCAGAGAGGGCCUGCGGCCAGCCGGCCAGGGCAGCGGAGUGGCGGCGGGCGCAGCGGGGACCUGCGUGAGGAAGCCCUGAGCCCUCGGCGGGCUGCGAGCGACUCCCCGGCGAUGCCUCACAACUCCGUAAGAUCAGUCCAGAUCAUCAAAACUUCCUGUAGUGUUAGAUGGUUCAUGCCUUCAACUCCAUUGGGAACUCGGACCAGCACCCUGGGGGAGGCAGCUCAAGGCCCUGUACGGACGGCGACAGGCCACGGAGGGCUGAACCAGCUGGGAGGGGCCUUUGUGAACGGCCGACCCCUGCCCGAAGUGGUGCGUCAGCGCAUCGUGGACCUGGCCCACCAGGGCGUGAGGCCCUGCGACAUCUCCCGCCAGCUCCGUGUCAGCCAUGGCUGUGUCAGCAAGAUCCUUGGCAGUAGGUACUACGAGACUGGCAGCAUCCGGCCUGGAGUGAUAGGGGGCUCCAAGCCCAAGGUGGCCACCCCCAAGGUGGUGGAGAAGAUCGGGGACUACAAGCGGCAGAACCCGACCAUGUUUGCCUGGGAGAUCCGAGACCGGCUGCUGGCCGAGGGCGUCUGUGAUAACGACACUGUGCCCAGUGUCAGCUCCAUCAACAGAAUCAUCCGGACCAAAGUGCAGCAACCCUUCAACCUCCCCGUGGACAGCUGUGUGGCCACCAAGUCCCUGAGCCCAGGACACACGCUGAUCCCCAGCUCCGCCGUGACGCCCCCUGAGUCUCCCCAGUCGGACUCUCUGGGUUCUACCUACUCCAUCAACGGGCUCCUGGGCAUCGCCCCGCCCGGCAGCGACAGCAAGAGGAAGAUGGACGACAGUGACCAGGACAGCUGCCGGCUGAGCAUCGACUCCCAGAGCAGCAGCAGCGGGCCCCGCAAGCACCUCCGCACGGAUGCCUUCAGCCAGCACCACCUCGAGCCGCUUGAGUGCCCGUUUGAGAGGCAGCACUACCCGGAGGCCUAUGCCUCCCCCGGCCACACCAAAGGCGAGCAGGGCCUCUACCCGCUGCCCCUGCUCAACAGCGCCCUGGACGACGGGAAGGCCACCCUGACCCCUUCCAAUACACCCUUGGGGCGCAACCUCUCAACUCACCAGACCUACCCCGUGGUGGCAGAUCCUCAUUCACCCUUCGCCAUAAAGCAGGAAACCCCCGAGGUGUCCAGUUCUAGCUCCACCCCUUCCUCUUUAUCUAGCUCCGCCUUUUUGGAUCUGCAGCAAGUCGGCUCCGGCCCCGGGGUCCCAGCCGGUGCCUCGGUCCCGCCCUUCAAUGCCUUUCCCCAUGCUGCCUCCGUGUACGGGCAGUUCACGGGCCAGGCCCUCCUCUCAGGGCGAGAGAUGGUGGGGCCCACGCUGCCUGGAUACCCACCCCACAUCCCCACCAGUGGCCAGGGCAGCUAUGCCUCUUCCGCCAUCGCAGGCAUGGUGGCAGGAAGCGAAUACUCUGGCAACGCCUAUGGCCACACCCCCUACUCCUCCUACAGCGAGGCCUGGCGCUUCCCCAACUCCAGCUUGCUGAGUUCCCCGUAUUAUUACAGUUCCACAUCAAGGCCAAGCGCGCCGCCCACCACCGCCACGGCCUUUGACCAUCUGUAGUUGCCAUGGGGACAGCGGGAGCCACCGAGCCAUAGGAGGACUCGGCCCAGGACAGGCCCCAGAGAGUCACACAAAGGAAUCUUUAUUUAUUACAUGAAAAAUAACCACAAAUCCAGCAUUGCGGCUCACUCCCUGUGUGGUGGAUUUAAUGAACCGUGAGAGACAGGACGACUUUGGAGAAGGCCGCGCUGUCCUCCAAGACUCUUUAAUGAGGGGCAGGAGUCCCGGGGACACAGAACCAUCCCGUUCCAAAGAGACCAAAUGGGAGGAGAAUGUGGAGAGAGAGAAGAGGGGACAGCGAGGAGCUUGAAAGGUUUGGCGCGUGGGGCCCACCGCGGGCUCGGGGCCGCACAGAGGCGCCCCUGUGUCUCCAUCAUGGACACGCUCGAGCAGCCCCGGGCUGUAAGCGCUUCCACCCAGCCCACCGCCACAGCGGGUGCGAAGGCGCUCCCUCCCCUAGCCACCCUGAGAGUCACCUCCUGCCACCCCAGAGCUGAGGGUCUGGUGCCCACCUCUACUCAGCUUGCUUGGCCCUGCCUGCACCUCCCUCUCGGCCACCUUCUGAGGACUCGGUCCAGCCACCCAGGAGCUCCCCCUGGUGGUGAAGGUGGUCACCACCUUCCUUGUACCUGCUGCCGUGAAUGUGGGAGCUGCAUCCCGGGCCCUCCUCCCUUGGGUCCACCCCUUGGCAGCCAGACCAGCCUAGCAUAACCGGAGCCAGACAUUCCAAAGCACCCGGGGGUCCCUGGGGUGGGGUGCAGCCCGGCCCAAGGCAGAGCCAGGCGUGAUGGCCGGGGACCCACCUUGCUCUCCCGACAGCCCUGCCAAGCCAAGUGUGCUCCCCACCGCCCCAGUCCACAGCUCCCAAAGAGACCCCGAGCACCCCCCUCACCCCAGCCAGCCAUGGCGGGCCCCUCUCCGCCCCCGACCAGGGCCUGACUGUAAAUACUGUAAAUAAGGCUCUGCUGGAGUCAAGCGUCCCUCUUCCCACCUGCAGGCUUUGGCCUCUCAGUGAAUUGUCUCCCUGCCAUGUUGGGCUUCUCUCCUUGACGCUUCCUUCUUUUUUUUAAGACAACCCACCAUUGCUACAUGACUCAAUAAACCAUUCCUCUUCGUC